CAACAGAAUGGUAUCCUUAGCAACAUUAACAAGAAUAUCUACAGCUGCAAAAUGGCUUCCUGACUUACACCGACAUGGCUUUCUUCAUAUUAUAAAAGUUUGCUAUUAAGUUUAUCGACAUUUUAUACUCAAUAUCAAAAUAUUUUUUGAAAAAGGAAGUCGUUCUUUUUGACGUAAAUUAGUAUAUGGAUUCGAUUCGAAUGCCUUCUCACGAAAGAACUCGUUCUAUGGAUUCGAUUACUCGAUUUUCUACGAGAAAAAAGAUUCGAAUUCAGCAAACUGUGCCUUCGAGCGAUGUAUCGGAUAUCGAGAAGUAUAUCGAAGAUGAACUACGUCGCUUGAAUUUUCACCCGGAUACAACGCGCCAUGACAAUUACAUCGUACAUAAACAUGCGUUUGAUCAGCUGGUUGAUAGCAAAGCUGUGGUGUACAAACCGAUUCUCUCUAAGAUUAAAGCUGAGUUUGAAGACUGUAUUGAGGCGCUUGAAAAAGGCAAAAGUCAGUCUGUUUACUUACAAGGGAUGGUUAAAGCCUUGAUGGUGGAAAAAUCUACGUUGAGGCACUUUAUUCGUCGAGGAGAUGAAUUGGAAGAAAAGGUGGAAAAACUUAGGAAUUUCAAUUCAAGUUUAAGAGGAAGAAUCCAUGCUUAUCAGAGCGAAAGAGCAAGGAGAAUAGCUUCCGCAGAAGCGAAAUCUUUAGGAGCAGUGAAAAAACAUAUCAAGAAGACUAUCCCAGGGCUUUCCUUGGAAGAACUUACAGACAUUCCAACGUUGAAAAGAACUCUUGCCAAGCUUGAUUCACAAGUUAUUGAGCUUCAAAAUGCAAGUGGGACAAAAUUUGUUGAGAGGGAUCGUAAAAUGGCUCUGAAAAAUAAGAUAACACAAAAGGAAGAGUAUUUAGUAGGUCUGAAUGAUGUAAAUGCCAAGUUGAAGGAAAGAUGUGAUGUACUUAAAGUUGUCGUAGAGGCAUCCAAGAAGGCCUUAAAAAAUCCUGACAAAGAUGUCCACCUUUAUAGUGUGGCAGUGAAAGCACUUUCGGAGUAUGGAAAGACAAAGUAUGGCAAACAGAGCAAUGCAUUGCAACAGUUUCUAACUUUUGAUGACGAUGAUCCUAUCAAGAAGAAAGAGGCUGAAAGACUGAUUGACUACUGUGACCACUUCAACAACCUCUUUGAUUUUGGACAAUAUGAAGCUGCAGCUAUUCAUGCAGCUAAUUCUCCUUUUGGGAUUUUAAGAAAUUAUGAAACUCUUAUUCGUUUCAAACAAGCUGAUACUGUUGAAGGAGGCCAGACACCAUUGUUAACUUUCUGUGAUGCACUCAUGGCAACAGCUAGUGCAGCUCAGCCUCUGACACAGGCCAUGUCAGUAGAAUGCAUAAGAUGUGCUUUAUCUGAAAACCGUCUUGAUUUGGCCACACACUGGUUAGCACAGGGUAAACUGUCUUAUUCUAUUCCCCUUGGUGAAGUUCUUGCAGAGCAUUGCAAUUGCCCCAAGACAUGCACCUGUACCUGCUUACCUCUUGCACAGACAGUAUUCAUGCAAGUCAAUGCACACAGCCGAGCAGCAAAAUGCCUUUGCAAACAAGGAAAGUACAUAACCCUCCUCCAUUAUACCAAGAAGCAUGGUAACUUUGAAAGUGAAGAUUACAAGAACCUUUUGAAAUCUAAUCCAUCAACUGAACUUGCCCAGCUGAUGUUGACAACAAAGGGACACAAAAAGAAUUCUCAUGUUCUCAGCUUUGCAGCUGUUGUGUCAGCACUUCUUGACAAAGAAAACCAUAGUCAACUUGUUGCAGUUUUGAAAAGACUGUCAAGCUAUGAUAGGCUAAGUCUAUCGUCCAUAGUCAACAGAAUUUUGUAUGAGGCAGAUGACAAUGAAAUGAAUGCUGACAAAUGGUUAGAGGUGGUUAGUAUUUGUGAGGAAGCAGGUUUAUAUGAGGUUGGUGUUGAAAUCUUAGCAGCUAUUACCAUUGGAGAGGCUCUGAACAGGGCAUCCAUUGCUUUUAGUAUGGAUUAUAUCUCAUAACUGAAAAGUAUUUUGAACAUUUAUUCAGUGUUACAGUGAGGACACUCAAACCGUGAGUUUUUUUCAGGUUAUCAUUACCUGAACUUUCUAAUGUUUCACACCCUCUAAAUGAUAAGCCUACUCCGCAGCCUUCAUUAAUCUCAGGGACCGGAGAAGGCUGGGAGGAGACUACCCAGUGAUCAUUAUUUUAUUUCCAAUAAUCAGAAAUUAUUGAUUGGCUUGAGGGAUAAUUAACAGUGUGCAUUUUCUAAGUGUGCAUGAUUAAAGUGUUAUCAUGUAGAAAUAUUUGGAUGGUAUUCCUACAAUGCACUCUACCGUGAAAUUGAAAUAAAUGACAUAAAAAAUGUAAAUAUAUAAUUCAUGAGCACACUGUCUUAUUUCAAUGGUAAAAUACCUCUGUUAGUGCUAAAUAUUG